GGAAGGAGAAGAUGCAGAAGAAAAAUAAUAACAACAACAUCGACAUGGCUGCCGACAGCGAUCCCGAGUCCGAGGUGUUCGAGAUCACCGACUUCACCACCGCGUCCGAGUGGGAACGGUUCGUGUCCAGAGUGGAGGAAGUGCUAAAUGACUGGAAGCUGAUUGGGAACUGUGCAGGAAACUCGACCCCAGAGAAGGGUGAAUUCACCAGCGGCACCUGGGGGGAGAAGUCUCAGGAUAUUCAGUUUGCUGACUUUAAGUUCUACAUAAGUCAUUACUUCCUGAAACAAGAAUGUGAGCAGGACAAUGGGAAGGACCAGCUCGAGGAAGAUGCCUUCCCCUUGGCAAUGCAGGACCUUCUGUGUAUGAACAAUGACUUCCCUCCUCGAGCCCACUGCCUGGUCAGAUGGUAUGGUAUACGAGAGUUUGUGGUCAUCUCCCCUGGAACCAACUGCGAGGCGAUCAUCAGCGAGUCCAAAUGCAAUCUGCUUCUCAGCUCCAUCGCCAUCUCUCUGGCCAACAGUGGCAGCCAGGUGCCCAUGUUUGUGCAGAUCCAGCAGAAGUGGAGGCGGGUGUAUGCUGGAGAGUGCCAGGGUCCAGGUGUGCGCACUGACUUUGAGAUGGUCCACCUCCGUAAGGUGCCAAGCCAGUACAACCACCUGUCUGGCCUGCUUGACAUCUUCAAGUCUAAGAUCGGUUGUACCCUGACCCCUCUGCCACCAAUCAACAUCGCCAUCCGUUUCACCUACAUUCUCCAGGACUGGCAGCAGUAUUCGUGGCCACAGCAGCCUCCAGACUUUGACACACUCCUUGGAGGUGAGGUGGGAGGGGUGGAGUUUGGGAAGCUUCCAUUUGGAGCCUGCGAAGAGCCAAUCAGUGAGCUUCAUCUUGCAACCACUUGGCCUCACCUGACGGAAGGCAUAGUUGUGGAUAAUGAUGUGUACAGUGACCUUGACCCACUCCAAGCUCCUCACUGGUCCGUCCGAGUCAGGUCAGCUGAAAACCCUCAGUGUCUAAUGGGCGACUUGCUGACAGAGUUCUUUAAGCUCUGCUGUAGGAAGGAGUCUUCAGAAGAGAUUCUGGGAAGAGGAUUGGCUGAAGACGAGGGCAAAGAAAAUAGUGACAUCAGCUCUGCUUUAUCGAAGCUGACGGAGCCGACAGCAACAGUGCCAAUCUCCAAACUGUCUGUCUCCAAUAUGGUGCACAGCGCCCGCAAGCACAUCCGACGCCACAGACGCAUUGAUGAGUCACCACUCAACACUGAUAUACUCAACUCUAUCCUUCUGUAUCUUUUCCCAGAUGCUGCUGUGGAGAAGUCAUCAGAGAAUAGCAAGAAUAAAACUGCUCAGUCAAACUCCUGUGGGAAAGAUGAGCAAAAUAAACACUCUGACUACAACCUUUUCCUCCAGCUGAAGUCCGCCCCCAGCGACAGUCUGACCUACCGGCUGGCUCUGUGUGCGUGUCUGGUCAACUAUAACCAUGGCGGGGUGCGUGCUGUUGCCCACCUCUGGCAGGAGUUUGUCCUAGAGCUGCGCUACCGCUGGGAAAACAACCACUUCAUCUACGGACUGGCUGGUGGACCUCCUGAUCUUCGCUGUUGUCUUUUGCACCAGAAGCUCCAGAUGCUGAACUGCUGCAUCGAGAGGAAGAGGGCGAGAGAUGAAACUCGCAAGGUGCUGGAGGGGAGCAGAGAGAGAGAGCGCAGGGUGUCCCCUCCGGAGUCCGCAGCGGCAACAACGACUGCAUCCGGCUCGACGAGGGAGGUGUCUCCGGGGAAAUCCUGGGACUCGUGGAGCGACAGCGAGGAGGAGUUCUUUGAGUGCAUGAGUGACCAGGGGGAGAUAGAGGCAGAGAAGGAUGGCAGUAAAAGUAAAGCAGAGGGAAGGCUUCAUCCCUACAACAACGUGACUCUACUGAACUCCACGGAGCCUCUCUACAUUCCUGUCACACAGGAACCUGCUCCCAUGACAGAGGAUCUGUUAGAGGAGCAGUCAGAAGUUCUGGCCAAACUGGGCACGUCAGCUGAAGGAACCCACCUCCGUGCCCGGAUGCAGAGUGCCUGUCUGCUCUCUGACAUGGAGUCCUUUAAGGUGAACCAGGAAGAAAUGCACACAUUCACUGCUUAUUUACUGUCAGCCUGUGUGUCCUGCCCAGCCAGUCAAUUCAAGUUUAAACUACAACACAAGCUUUCCAUUAAUCAUAAGGAUAUAUAUGCGGCCCUCCUGGCACCACUGGACGAAGACUUGGUCCGUGACAGGAAGCCGACUAGCGGAAGCAAUAAAGUGCCAGACUUCCCUUCUCCGGCGGGCCGGGAGAUCCUGCUGCGUACAUGUGUCCCUCGGCCGGCACCGUACUCCAAAGCUCUGCCUCAGCGCCUUUUCUGUGUGCUGAUGAGGGAGGAGUUCAGGCUGGCAGGGGCCUUCUCAUCAGACACUUCCUUCUUCUAA